AUUAAAGUGUACAAUCGACACUGAUUUGCAAAGCGAGUACACGCCAAGUCUGAAGUCAAUCAUAUUGAAGAUUAAAGUUUUCUAAAUGUUUGAUUCAUCAAAAUGAAUCUGCUUCCUCAAACUCACAAGGAUUUCCAGUCGGCUGAGUACUGGGAAAACUUCUUUAAGAAGCGAGGAACAAAAGCCUUUGAAUGGUAUGGAGAAUAUCCAGAGCUGUGCACAGUUCUACAUAAAUAUGUGAAAACAGCAGACAAAAUCCUGGUCAUUGGUUGUGGGAAUUCAGUUCUGAGUGAGAAUCUGUAUGAUGUUGGUCACCAUAACAUCACAAACAUUGAUAUCAGCGAUGUUGUGGUCCGACAGAUGACAGACAGAAACAGGGAGCAGAGACCAGACAUGAAAUUCCUCAAAAUGGAUGCACUUAAUAUGGACUUUGAAGACUCAGCGUUCAGCGUGGUCCUGGACAAGGGAACAUUAGACGCCUUGAUGGUUGAUGAUUCUGAUGCUGUGAUUAAAGACAUUGACAAGUUGUUCACUGAAAUAGGGAGAGUACUGAAGUUUGGGGGUCGAUACAUUUGCAUAUCUCUGAUGCAAGACCAUAUUUUAAACAAAGUUCUACAGUAUUUUCCUGAUGUGGGAUGGCCUGUGAGGAUUCACAAGAUAGAAACAGAGAACUCCGAAAACACAGAAAAGGAUUUCCACCUACCAGUCUUUGCCACUGUGUUCACCAAAUUCAAGAAAAUGGCAAAUAUGAAAUCAAUACUGGAAAUAAGCAGCCUGGAAGAUAAGAUAACAAGACACGAGUCUGUCGACGACGUAAAGACUCUGAUUAAGGAGGUUCAGUACUAUGGAAUGAUCAGGCAAAAACUCAGCAAAAGAAACCUGUACGGAGAACAAGUGUCCUUGACCCUGUUUACAAACUCCUCCUCCGAGCCCCGUUACACCCUCCAUAUCGUGGAUGUCAUUGAGACAGGCCUCAGGAAAUUUGCCAUCUUUAUUGUACCACAAGGGAGGGAAACUGACUGGUUGUUUGGUUCAGAAGAAGGAAGAUCCCACUUGGCUAAGAAUGCCGGCUUUGAGAGACUGGUGGUGGUCUGUCUCAAUAGGCACCACUCCUACGCUGACAUGGACAGUGUAAAAGGAGAGCUGUCUUCUAAAGUUAUAGAACUGGCACCACCAGGAUUCAGAGAUGGAGUUCAGAUUCCCUUCCUGUCCCUGGGGGAUGACAUUGGAAGUCGGACGGUGGUCUGUGAAGGUCACAGUGAAAUGAGCGGGAAUUAUGUGGUGGAAGAUGUAAUGGCUGACGGAGGACAAUUGUUCAGGCGACUUAUCUUCAUUUCCUGUCCAAAUGUUAUCCAAUCAGAGGCCAGACUGAAGCAAGAACCAAAAAAAAAAGUAAAAGGGAAGAAGAAACAUGUCAUUGACCACAGCUAUCUUGCCAGCCAUUACUAUGUUGCUAUGGUGACGGGAUUAGGAUUUCUGAAAUCUGCUGUGAAGAGAGAUGAGAAAUUGAGCUGUGUAUUGAUUGGACUUGGGGGAGGGGGAUUACCAAACUUCCUUCAUCAUCACAUACCACAGAUUGAAAUCGACAGUGUAGACAUUGACCCUGCGGUUGUAGAGCUGGCCAAGAAGUGGUUUGGAUAUCAGGAGGAUCAGAGACAACGAGCCCAUGUGGCUGACGGGAUGAAGUUUGUACAAGAUGCUGUGAAAGAGGGUUAUCGAAAUAUGAACAACAGAUAUUCAGAUUCACUGGCACGAGUAAUAGGAUAAUGCACUCGUGAAUGUGAAGGUAAGGAUUUGUGUUUAAGAAAAUUUGACCUGAACAUUAAAACACAGCGUCAAAUAUCUGUUUUUGUUGUCUUAGUUGCAAAGGCUCGGUCAAAUAUAAAAAAAAAUUAAGAAUUAAGAUAAGUAAAAGUGAGGCAUUAGCAAGUAGAAAUUCUUCACGAGUUCAAAUGACUACAGGUACUGCAUUGAAUGGAGGAUUAUCCUGCUUUAUAAUUUUCUUUGUUUGGUUUUGACUGCACUCUCUGUCAGAAAACAUUAAUAUCCAAUGUAUGCUACAUAGCUGGAAAUGAAUGUUGAAGUAGUUUAUACUACAAUGCUACAUUUUUAUGCACUGUCAACUUUUUCAGCAUCCAAUUUUGUAAGAAAUUCCAGGAAACACCUACAGAGAAAUUUCCUCAUAAUUGAAAUUCAUUAUAUUUAUUUAAAGAAGUUCCUUAUAUCUAAAUAUAGAUGGACACAAACAUAUUCCAUAUUUUUUAUUUCAAAAACAUACAAUAUAUGGCACAUGUAUGAUAUUUGGGAACAAUUUUCUUGUGUAUGUAUAUUUAAAGCUUUAUCAUAGACAGAAAUAUGUGAUAGGUUUACGAUAAUUGGUAUUUUGACUGAGGUUAUAAUAUGUGAAUUUAAUUUCAUUAUAAAUCAUAGAUACCAUAUCAUUAAAAACCUAGAAUUUCUUCCAAGUCUUGUAACAAUUUUUUUCUUAAACAGUUUUGUAAAGACGGUGACAGGGGAUUUACAAAAUAUCAUAAUUGAGAUUUCUUUAAUCUAGUUUCAUUAUAAAUGAGUUUGACUGUACAUUAAGAA